GGAUAAUGGGAUGUACUACUCGGAUACCGUCAAUCGGGUCUACCAGCUACUUUGCAACACUGAUGAACUAGACGCAACCAUCGGAUCAACAUACCAGUCACAACUACAGUCCUGCGUGGAUGCUUGCAGUGACGUUCAAGGAUGUAUAGGAGUUUCACGUACUGCAGCAUCUGGCUUAUGCUCUUACAAGAGCAGUGCUCUCAAUCGUGUGGGCUCUGAAAUUUCAGAUUCGGCCAUUUUAGCUGACUACAUCUGCCCUGGUGCUGAUGGCACUCGACUGGUAGAUUCUUCUGGAUCGGUGUAUGAGAUUCUUUGCGACACAUUCUUCCCUACGAGCAGCAACAUUAGCUCAAGCUUCGCUGUCAGUGAUUUAGCGUCUUGUUCUGAGAUCUGUUCGGAUGUUGACGACUGCUCCGGCUUUACUUUCCAGAAUGGGUCAUGUACGACAGUCAGCUCCAGGAAUUCUAACGACGGAAUCCUUCAAAUCAAUGUCACAACUGCCAUUCUGCUAGCGAAAAGGGUUGCACAACCUGUUUCGAGUGGUUCUCCUCCCUACAGAAGCACAAGUUUGGUGAAAUCCCUACCAGUCGAUGUCUCCAGGACUCCAAAUCCAUCGAUCCAGGAGGUUUCGGCUACUUUUGCUGCAUCCAGUGACGCUGUCCAAGAAUCGAGUGGAACAGUAGCAUACAAGUAUUCUUGCUAUGUCACCAAGCUCAGCAAAUAUAUUGCCAUCAAGCAGUGGUACGGGACCUUUGUCCGCGAGUUCAAGCAGUGCGGCGCAGGGUCAAACAGCAAGCUCUGCGAAUUUGAGCUAUUCAGUGGCGGCAAGUGCGCCCACCAUUUC